AUGACACCCACUGCUUCAGAUGACGAGAUAAUCGAACACGUUCCGAGAUGGAAACUCUUUCAAAACCAAAAGCAUUCCUUGCGGAUCCCCGUGUCCGAGAUUGCCUCUUGUGUGGGAUUCCAUGAGUACCGUGAUUUGGUUCAGCUGGCCUUGCGCCAAGUCUAUCAGGGAUCAGCGGGUCAAGAGCUGCUAGCACACGAUUCCAAAUUGUUGGGCCUGCGAUUGGAGAGUGACGAGCAAUUGCUCAUGGAGAUUGCCGAACAAGCGGGCAAGGAAACCAAGGAGGCCUGGAAGGCAGUGGUCCAAGUCAAACACGGGGUUCGCAAGGAGCAGUCGGUCGAACAGGCCCAAACGCUCUCCAAAGCGGUCGUUCAAAAGGCAAAAGAAAGCAAGAAAUUGACUCGAUCGCAAAUCCAACAGCUCGAACAGGCAUCGAAGCAUAGCGUCAAUACCGGGUUUGGAACUUGCUGGGAAGAUCAAGCACUGGACAUGUAUGAGAAGCAAUUUGGUUACGAAGUGCGAGCACGAAAUGAAGAAAUCAAAAUAUGGCCCUUUGUUCGAGUAGACGGUGGGGAUACCGUCAGGCCUUUAAAGGAUCCUCAUUCCCACAGACAAUUGACAUUGUUGAAUGCUGCUGGUAUCGCAGAGGAUGAACCAGAACCAAAGCGGCAAAGAAACAGCGAUUCUGACGAAAUGGACAAGAAAUUUGGGUUGAUAUCUACACGCAACAUUAGCAUCAAGAAGCAAAAAGAAUGCUUGUUUAGUCUUCGAGGUGCGAUUGAUGGCAUUCGGGAUGAACUCGUGCCCAACUCUUGCAUGACGACGAGUGAUGAUGACGAUAGCUGGGUGUUACAGCCCAUCAUUGUGGAGUGCAAACACCGAAUGAAUCGGUUGCAACCAUCACCGCCUCUAUAUGAAAUGAUUCAGAUUGCUGCCUAUUGCAAAAUGUAUGAUGCUAAGGAUGCUGACCUUUUGCAAGUUUUGCGGAAAAAGAAAUUGACGAUUCAACGACGAGCAAAAGACAACCAAACAAAACCAGCCCUGCCAGAUGAAAAUUUCCGUCAACAAAAGCUUCCAUUUGUUGCAACCUCUGACAAGGAGAAUAAUGAUAAAGAGAAUGACAAAGCGGAGCCAAACUCGAAACCAACAGACCAAUCAGUCGUCGACAUGACAGGCAAUUGUGAGAAUGAGGAAGCAUGUCCAAAUAUAAAUGGCUCUAUGCAGCAAAAGAGCGAAGAAGACGAAAAAGAAUCAUCCGGAGUUUUCGAUACCACGGAAUUGUCGGAAGAAAUAGGUGAUGGUGCUGCUGAGGAGUCAGUGCAAGUAGACGAGGAAUCAUCAAUCAAGCGCGAGCCAGUUGGACUCGCGACUGAGAAAGUACAAACAGAAGCAAAGCAUUCCAUCACGAUAGGAACCAAUGAGACUCUGAAUGAAGACAGUGCUAGAGAAGAAGAUCCUGGAACUGACAAACAGGACGCAAUGACAAUGGAGAUUUCUGUCACUCGCAUGUCCAUGGAUGAUCCAAGGUAUCAACUGAACGACAACUGGGAGUCAUUGAUACUGCCCCGACUCAAAUCUUGGGUGGAAGGAAUCUAUGAAAUCCGAAGUUCCGAUGACAAGCGAUAUCGACUACUGAUGGCAUCCACGGAAUCAUCCGUUGCGGUCAUUGGAGAUCAUGACGAGGAUGUCCUGGAGCAACAAUCAUUGCAGCAGCUGAGAGACGCUUGGAACAUUUUGUUUGAGGAAUGUCCCUGGCUUGUCGACUGUGAUACUCAAUACAGUCGAGAAAUAAUGUCCAGGAUAGCCGAAUGA